UGUCGCCAGAGCAUUUUUAGCGGUCGCUUAUAAAUGCAGGAGCGUAGCCCAGUGCAGAUCAAACAUCACUUCAGGCAUCGACCGAGCCACUCAAGAUGAACCGCUUGUUUGUCCUUUUCGCUGGCCUGGCAAUCCUCACCCUCGCCUUCGCGGCUCCUGCUCCGGAAGAAAAAAAGGAAACCAAGGAAGAACCAACCGUAGAAAAAACCAAGCCUGAAGACGCGAAGGACGUGGAAGGGCGCAUUGGAUUCGGUGGAUUCGGUGGAAGGCCCUACGGGGGUGGAUUCGGGGGUGGAUUUGGGGGUGGUCACGGAGGCGGCGCAUUCGGAAGUGGAUUCAAUCGUGGAGGUAGCUUCAACCAGGGAGCUUCCGGCAACCGCUACGGACAAGGGGGCUUCGGUUACAACACUGGAGGAUCCAACCGCAGGGUUUACGGCAACAAGGAGACCUACGGUGACCGCGAUUCGUUCGGACUGAGCCACAACCAAGGUGGAAGCUCGGCUUUUGGACAGGGAAGCCACGGAAACCGAUACAACACUCAAGCUGGAGGGGCCUCUGGGACUCAAUAUGGACAGCAUGGGUUCCAGGGUUAAAUGGUAGAGGCGCGGCUUUGAAGUUCUCGCACUAAAGUGUGUACUUUUUAAUCUUCAGUGUACGACGACUGUGUAUGGGACGCCAACUGCCGUGAACUAAUAUGAAUGUAAGAUUCCUUCCAAAGGCAUUUGUACAAACGUCUUGACUACAACCUCUAUGUUAUGUUUUUUGUUUGUUUUACAAUCAUCAUCAUCACAGCCGCAAAACAAAAGACUGUACAUAUAACUUUAUGGUUGAAUAAAGUCUAAUUUAUUUUGGAAA